AUGCUUUCUCCACACUCUUUAACGGCUAGUUUCUUUCUUCCUCCUCCAUAAAUACUCCGAACCCCUCCUCAGCUGUUGCAAUACAAAACAAAACAUCUCUAUCUCCAUCAUCUAACGCCCCCACGAACUUCCCUUCAGUUAUCAGAAUCCAUGGCUUCUUCCUCAUCAGCUUCUUCUUCUCUUGUCCUUUUAUUCCUUCUCUUCGGCCUAUCUGCAGCUAGGGAAAUCUUGGUGGGAGGCAAGACUGAUGCAUGGAAGAUCCCCUCUUCUCAAUCUGAUUCUCUCAAUCAAUGGGCUGAAAGGUCCCGCUUCCAAGUCGGCGACCAUCUUGUGUGGAAGUACGAAGGUGGGAGAGACUCAGUUUUGCAAGUAAGCAAGGAAGACUAUGCUAACUGCAAUACCGCCAACCCCCUCGGAGAGUACAGUGAUGGCAACACCAAGGUGAGGCUUGAUCGUCCUGGGCCAUUCUAUUUCAUUAGCGGAGCAAAUGGGCACUGCGAGAAGGGCCAAAAGCUCGUUGUGGUUGUUCUCACUCCCAGAAACCGCCACAUGGGUAUUUCUCCGGCACCUUCUCCGGUCGAGUUCGAAGGUCCUGCUGUAGCUCCCACCAGCAGCGCCACUGCUCUUCGGGGUGGCCUGAUGGCGGCUCUUGUGGGAGUAUCGGCUUUGUGGUUUUUCUGAUGCUAAUGGCUCCAUUUUCUUAGGUGUUAGAACAGAGAUUUCUUUGUUGAGAGCUUUAUUCUUUUUGAGGGGAUUACAUGAUUCUUUUCCAAUUAUUAUUAUCAUAUGUAAAAAUUUAGGUAUCUGAUUUCACACUCCAGUGGUUAAUGAUACCCAUAUAUUACAUUACCAUCGUGUGUUUUUGUC